AAUUGAGAUAGCCUCAUCAAUGGCUUCCCCAUCCGUGAUGCCCCGCAAGUUGUGGGAGCAUCCGAAUCCAGAUGCUACCAACAUGGCUCAAUUCAUGAGAGAUGUCAACAAGAAGAGAGGACUGGAAUUNAAAGACCUUCAUCAAUUCUCCAUCAACCAACGCACUGACUUCUGGUCUGAUCUUUUCGAACUCCAUCCUCUCAUUCAUACUGGAAAGUACACUCAAGUGGUAGAUCCAAAUGCCAGAAUGGACUCAGUGCCCUCUUGGUUCUCAGGCGUCAAACUCAACUUUGCAGAAAACAUCUUGUAUACUGCAGAUCUGAAGGACCCUUCUGUGCGCACACUUUCCGGCAAAGAGAGCGACAAGAUAGCAUUGACAGAAGUGCGUGAAGGAUGCACGGAAAUCAAACACUAUACCUGGAAGCAACUGCGCGCUAAAGUUGGAUUGCUCGCUCAAGCCAUGAAAGCACAUGGAGUAGCAAAGGGCGAUCGAGUUGCUGUUGUGGCGUCUAACUCCACAGAUACUUUGACUGUGUUUUUGGCUGUUACCACUUUGGGAGGUAUCUUCAGUUCGAGCUCGACGGAUAUGGGUAGUCAAGGUGUUUUGCAGAGGCUUACGCAGAUUGAGCCCAAGUGGAUCUUUGUGGACGAUUGGGCUGUGUAUAACGGCAAGACUAUUGAUCUGAAACCCAAGAUGAAAGAGAUUGUGGAUGGUAUGCUCAAGAGCAAGGCCAAGUGGUUCCAAGGUGUUGUUAGUAUGCCUAGGUUCCAGGAGAGACCGGCUGAUGUGGGAGAUGUGCCCAAGACCAUGAGUUUGGCAGCAUACCUUUCGAGAGGUGGUGGUAACUCUGAGUUGCCGUUUGAGCAGGUGGAUUUUAAGGAUCCGUUCUUGAUUGUUUAUUCUUCAGGAACUACUGGCGUACCAAAGUGCAUUGUGCACGGCUGCGGACCUGUCUUAGCCAGUUCAAUGAAAGAAGGCAAACUUCACCUCGAUUCUGGGCCUUCGACAGUCAACUUGCAAUAUACGACCACUGGCUGGAUCAUGUAUCUGAUGUCAACAAUGGCACUCCAGCAUGGAGCACGAUCAGUACUGUACGAUGGAUCACCCUUCAUACCUGAUCUCACUACUUUCGUUCGUCUGGUAGGCGAGCAGAAAGUCACCGACCUGGGUAUCUCACCUAGAUACCUACAGACACUCGCAUCGGCAUCUCCNCCAGUCAUCCCCAAGCAAGUCACUGAUCUGUCCAAUCUUCGUCGUGUUUCAAGCACAGGCAUGGUCCUGCCAGAAUCUCUCUUCCACUGGUUCUAUGAUUCCGGGUUUCCUCCUUCUGUUCACCUGAACAAUAUCAGUGGUGGCACGGAUGUGGCUUCUUCGUUUGCCAUGGGCAACUUACUGACUCCUUUGUAUGCUGGUGGUUGUCAAGGCCCUGGUCUAGCCAUGAACCUCCAAGUCUACGAUCAGACUAUCGAAGGAGGUAAAGGCAUCAAAGGCAAACCUUUACCCAUCGGAGAAGCAGGUGAACUCGUUGUAACAGCUGCUUUCCCCAACCAACCUGUCAAGUUCUGGGGUGAUGCGUCUGGACAAAAGUACUUUGAUGCCUAUUACGCUCGGUUUGAUAACGUCUGGACCCAUGGCGACUAUAUCUUCAUCCACCCAAAUACCAACGGCGUAUACUUCCUAGGCCGUGCCGAUGGCGUACUAAACCCCUCUGGCGUACGCUUCGGCUCUGCAGAAAUUUACAAUGUGAUAGAAACAUUCUUCGGCGAUGACAUCCAGGACAGCAUCUGUGUGGGCCAAAGAAGACCCAGCGACCACGACGAAGCCGUCAUGCUGUUCCUACUCAUGAAGCCUGGGAAGAAAUUCAACGAAGCCCUGGUUAAAGGAGUCAAGCAAAGGAUCGGUAAAGAGUGCAGUCCAAGACAUGUGCCCAAAUACGUGUUUGAGACGCCAGAGAUACCUGUGAGUUUUAUCCCUAAGCAGCUUAAACCACAUACAAAUUUACUGACGAUAUGCAAAACAACAGACAACAGUCAACCUCAAAAGGUAGAAUUGCCAGUCAAGAGAAUUGUUUCUGGCGANAAAGUCACACCUUCAGGCACUUUGCUCAACCCGCAGAGUUUGCAGUAUUACUACAAGUUUGCCAAGGUGGAAGAGUUGAUUGGUGGUGUCAAGAGUAAACUG